AUGCCUAGUUGGAGGGACGAGUACCUCACUUCCAUCAAGGAUGUCGAGCUAAAGACUCCGGUCAACAUGGAGCUGGUUCAAGCUUGCUCCCAGAUGGCGGAUCGCAUCUCUGCGUUGGAAGCCGUGAAAGUAGACCUAGAAUCGCAAAUCCCCAGCAAAAAGGCGACCAAGGGCAAGGCGCCAGCGCCAGAUGAUACCGAGACGGCGCAGGUUCGAUAUGAACUUGCAGAGGCGUUGCGCGCCAAGGGCGUGAGCGAUGCCCGCUUGCGAACGGCAGAGGAAGAACUCGGGAAACUGCGCAUCAAGACUAAGACCGAUGCAACAGCUUUGAAGAAACUAGAGUAUGAGAGAAACUCGCUUCGCACGCGCCUGAACGAUCUCCAGCAUGAGGCUAAUGCCAAACGGCAACAUCACGAGGGCUUCCAGGACGAAAUCGUCGCUUUGAACCUCCAGCUCGCCAUGGCCGACAAGGAAGUGGCCAGAGUCAAACAGGAAAACAAAGAGCUCAUCGACAGGUGGAUGAAGAGGAUGGGCCAGGAAGCCGACGCCAUGAACCUCGCUAACGAGGGCACUUCACGAUGA